AUGUCUGACUCCUAUCAAUUACGUCUUCGUCAAUUAGUACUUGAAUGUUCCAAGGCAAAGAGUGAUAUCAAAAUGACUCCUGUGAGUCUCGACGUGACCGGUUCUCCGGUGUUUAUGAAACGUCGAAUUAUCCCACUUGGACUUCGUGAGCCCGUAAAAAAGGCGUUAGACGAUAUGCUGGGUACUACCCCAGACUGCUUCAUAUCGCCUCUUUGUUCCAUAUUCAGUUCUCUUGGGCCUGCCGAAGGCUUGGGGUCCUCACCCACAAUGGACAAUUUGGCUCCGGCAAUGGUUGUUGGGCACGGCUGUUUCCACCGUUUUGACUACAUGCGUCCGCGUUCCGGANCCUUCAAGGUGUUUUAA